UUACUGGCGAAAUAAAUGAUAGUAAAAGUAAAAAAAAAGGAGGUAGAAGAAAAUUUAUUUCAGUUUGGAAACAUGUAACUAAAGGAAUAGAAAUAACUUGUGGACGUUAUAAAGCUACUUAUAUAUAUUGUCAUUUUGAAUGGGCUGAAGGUAAACCACAAAAAAUGCGUCAACAUUUAGGUUCUCAUUGUGAAAAAUAUCCUGAAAAUAUAGCACAUAUAUUUGCAAAAAAAGUUGCAAACGAAACAGUUAUUUUAAAUAAUGAACAAACAUCAAAAAAUAAUACAAAACGUAUAAAAAUUGAUUCAAAUCAAACAAAUAUGCAUCAACAUUAUGAUAAUA